AUGAGAAACCUCAUUCUGGCGGGACGUAAGAAAGUUACCUCGACGUCCCUCGAGGUUCCUGAUUUACCGCUUGUUUUUACAGCCAUUGAUCCAGUUGAAUCAUCCACUUUCCUUGUCUACGGACCCUCUGAAGACUUUAAAUCUAUUGAAGUCCAAAAAGUCACUAAAUCUGGUGACAUUUCCACUUUUGCUUCAUUUGUGAUUCCAGAGUCUAACGAUGACGAUACUGAGACUCUCCCUGAACUGCCCAAAGUUCUUGAUGCACAAUACUUUUCCUCGUCAAACAACAUUAUUUUAGUUCUUUCAACUGGUGACAUUGUUUCUCUUUCUGAUGGAUCCGGCGGUUCUUCAGGUUUCGGAAACAAUGCAAACGCAUUUUUUGAUGAGCCUCCAGACUUUAUCGACGACCCUUCGGCUUAUUACUCUUCCCUUACUGAACCUCCAACAAACGGUUCAAUUUCUUACUUGGACUCUCCCAACUCAUCCUCUAUUGAUAUUGUGGGUUCUAUUGAUGUUGGCAUUUCGGCUGCCAAAUGGAGUCCAGAUGAAGAAAUUCUUGCACUUGUUACUAAGGCAGACAAGUUUGUACUUCUCAGCAGAAUCUUUGAACCUAUUGCAGAAACACCAAUUUUGCCUUCUGACCAUUCCCUUUCUAAACACGUUUCUGUAGGCUGGGGUAAGCGUGAAACACAAUUUCAAGGUCGUGGCGCGCGUGCCCAGCGCGAUCCAACAAUGCCUGAAAAGGUUGAUCUUGGUGUCCUUAGUGCACAGGAUACCUUGACUCACGUGGAAAUCUCAUGGCGUGGUGAUGGCGAAGUUGUCUCCAUCAUUUCUGUCGACACAGACCCCAUUGAGCGACGAACAGUCCGUGUUUACACACGUAGCGGGACUCUUGAUAGUGUUUCUGAACCUGUCGAUGGCCUUAUUGGUCUUGUGUCAUGGAGACCUAGUGGAAAUCUAAUUGCCGCUGUGCAACGCCGUGACGAAUUAAACGAAUCUUCUCAAGUUGUCUUUUUCGAGCGUAACGGUCUGCGUCGUGGUGAAUUUUCUUUGCGGAUCUCUCCUGUUGAGCAUGUCACUGGUCUUUCUUGGAACUCUGAUUCAGACUGCUUGGCUGUUUCUCUUUCAGACCGUGUUCAGCUUUGGACAACUAAAAACUACCACUGGUACUUAAAGCAAGAAAUCACGACAGGACUUACACCAACUAAACUUACAUGGCACCCUGAAAAGUCGCACACACUUUUAGUCACUUUUGAUAAUGGAUCUAUACACAUUUGUGAGUUCCAAUGGGAUAUUACUAGAGGCACCACGGCCCCACCUUCAGAUAUAGGCCUUGUGGCUGUCGUUGACGGCCAAAAUAUUAAUCUCACACCACUUGCUAUUGCAAAUACCCCACCUCCCAUGUCUUUCCGGACUCUCAAAACAUCCCGAACUCCGACCCAUGUUGCUAUUUCUAGCACUAACACACGCUUCGCCAUUCUUUCUGGUUUCGAGCUUAUUAUUGCUGAUUGGAAUGUGAAUGACCCCUCUAACAAGGGUGUCCGUGACAUUGUUUCCCCACAUAUUAAGGCUGUUAUUCCACUCGAUGAGGCUAUUCAAGGAAUUGAUGCACCUAAACAGGUAGCCAUGAUUGGUACUGACGUGGUUGUUUUUGCUGUUGACAACGAAGAUGAAACUUCGGAUAUUGUCACUAUUCAGCUUUUUCAAAAUGAUGAGGGAUCAAUCACACACGAAAUUUUGGCUGCAAACACUAUUCCAGAACAAGUGUUUUUACUGAAAUCACUUCCCGAUGGUCAAGGCGCCAUUUUCCAAACCAUUAAUGGCUCAGUUCUAGGUUUGCGUAGUGUUACUACGGAUGUAAUCAACAUUGGCACACUUCCUAGACGCUGCGAAGCCAUUGAAGUUUACUUCCCUGAGUCUUCUGAGGAUGAGUUUGAUCAGCCCAUCCCUGUUGUAUUCGGUCUUCACUCUAGCGGAAAAGUGUAUGCUAAUGAGAAGCAAAUCGCUUCCGGUGCAACUUCCAUAUGUAUGACCGACAGAUAUCUUGUUUUCACUACUGCUCAGCAUUACCUUAAAUUUGUUCAUCUCACUCAACCGGAACAAAUUUCCGUUCCUGCUGAUAGUUCAGUCGAUGACGAACGCUGCAGAGCUAUUGAGCGUGGAUCACUCAUUGUCACAGCAAUGCCGUCAAAGAGUGCUUUUACUCUCCAGGCUCCUCGUGGUAAUCUCGAGACCUUUUAUCCACGUAUCAUGACUCUGACGCUUGUCCGUCAAGACAUUAAACAGAAGCGAUAUGACCUGGCGUUUAACACUUGCCGUGUUCACAGAAUCGAUCUUAAUUUACUUUAUGAUUACCAGCCCCACCAGUUUAUUGAUAAUGUGGAACUGUUUGUGCGUCAAAUGCAGUCUACAAAUUAUAUCGAUUUGUUUCUGUCUGGUCUUCAAGAAGCAAAUGUUGCCCAGACAAAAUACAAAGAGACUGUUGAAGAAAUCAAGCUUCCGGAAAGUUUGAUUGACAGUAUGAAAAAUCUUCAGAUUUACCAACCCAUUACUCUUACAAAGUCUUCUGUUGAAGAAAAAAGCAAAGUUAAUACUAUUUGCGACGCUAUUCUUUCAGUAUUAUCUCAAGAUUCCUACAAGGUUGAAUAUCGCCAGAGCAUUCUUACUGCUUAUGCAUGCAAGGUCCCCCCCGCUCUUGAAGACGCACUUGAAAUGGUUGGCAAAGGUAGAGAGUCUAACCCAGUUCUUACAAAUGACUCGAUUCAGCAUCUUUGCUUUUUACAGGAUGUCAAUCUACUUUACGAUACAGCCCUUGGCAUCUAUGAUCUUCCUCUUACCCUCUUGAUUGCUCAGCAGUCUACCAAAGAUCCUAAGGAGUACCUUCCAUUUUUGCGAAACCUACAGUCUUUAGAUACCCUUCGUCGUCAGUUUGAAAUUGACACGUAUCUCAAGAGAUACCCGAAGGCUCUUAAACAUCUUGCAGCAAUUGGCGACUCAGUCUUUGAUGAAUUGCAAGAAUAUGUUGUUGAACAUGACCUUUACAAAGAAGCUCUUGAGAUUUUCAAGUACGAAGUUCCUAAGCAAGACCAAAUUUUGUUGCUACAGGCCGCCUUCAUGCUCUUGAAAAAUCAACACCAACAAGCAGGUCUUGUCUACGAAAUGCUGCGAGACUAUGAAAGUGCUCUUAACGCAUACCUCACCGGUGGAUGCUGGCAACAAGCACUUUCUGUGGUGGAAUCUAAUCCUGGAAAUAUUUUUGAAGAGGAAAAGCUUUUGCGUGUAGCCAACGAGCUAGCCGACAAAACCAGUGAGGCUCAUAACUACCAGGCUGCUGCUACGAUCUAUUUGGAGUAUCUUAACAAUCCAAUGGAGGCUGCGAGAAUUUUAUGCACUGGCUUUUUAUAUGAUGAGGCCAUUCGCAUUGUUUCGCGUCAGGGUGAAGCUUCUGGGCCCCUUUUCAAAUCCACUAUUGAUCCAGGUCUUUUGGAAGGGUUUGCCCAAAUUUCAGAGCUUCUUGCAGACUGUAACUCUCAGAUCAAGUCUCAGGUUAACCGAAUCAAUGAAUUACGCACUAAAAAAGCUGAAGAUCCCAAUGCCUUCUUUGCCGAUGUUGAUGGAUCUGGUCAUAAUGAUCUUGAUAUUCCCGACAAUGUGUCUAUUGCUGCAUCUGAAACUUCUACAGCGCCAUCAUUCUUCACGAAAUACACUGGAAAGACUGGUUCUACAGCAAAGACUGGUGCAUCCAGGCGCACUGCCAAAAACCGUCGUCGUGAGGAGCGCAAGCGUGCGCGUGGAAAACAAGGCUCUAUUUAUGAGGAAGAAUACCUCGUCAACUCUAUGGGAAGACUUAUUGAUCGUCUCCAUGAAAUGCAACCCAAUGCUGUACGCCUGAUAGACGGCCUACUACGUCGUAGUAUGCGUACCCAUGCUUAUACUAUUCAAACAGCAUACUCUGAGAUUAUGGAGUUGCUUGUGGGUUGCGCAGAUAGAGUCUUCGUACUUUCUGAGCGUGACAGAGAGCGUUACGACGAUGAAGGAAAUGUAUACUAUAUUCCUCAGAUUGUGGUACCCACCGUGACUCCUUUCCCUAAGAGUGAUAUUUUGAAUUAUUAA